AGUUUCCGUCAGGAGUAGUAAUCACCACUCAAAUGUCCGUUAUCUUUACCAUCGUCAUCCUACUCGGUGUUCUGUCGAUUGCCCGGACCUUUCCCCCUGAGCCAGUAUACUGCACUGAGUCGGGUGGCAACUUCGCAGCAAUCUUCAUCUUCGAUCCGUCGGCUCCCGAAAAAGUAUCCAUUCUCUACUUUCUCCUUGUCGACCUCGACUUGAUCGUCAAUGGGACUGGAGUUAUCCCAUGGACUGUUGACGGCGAGCACAGGAAUCUGUACUUGGACAUCAAGGAUAAGAACUUCACUAAUUUCGCAGAGGAGUUGCAUUUCAAACCGGCCGAGUGGCGGGUGAUCCCCUACGACCGUACUCGCGAUUCGUUCACUCUGACAGUCAACGGUACCCACGUGAAUGCGAGUCCUUCAGGGUGCAAUAGGACGCUUAGGGGUCUGCUUGAUUGAUGUAGAGCUCACCACCACCAUAAUUUUCAUUUUUGGGACUUGGCAAUUGAAGAAUCUCUAGAAGGCCUUUCCCACCUAUUGAAUCCGAAGAAAUUAUUUCUCCCCACAUCAGUUUGAGUUCUGAUGUGGUUCUCACGAUCUGAGAAUCGUACACUUUUUCACUUUUUUAUUUUCACACAAA